ACAAGGAAAACCACGUCUUUCUUCCUCUCUCUCCCUCCUUGCUUUAUUCUCUGCUUCUGCUCUGCUUUUUCUUAUCUUCUCUAUCAAUUCGUGGCAUUCAGAAUCCGUAGAGGAGGAGGAGGAGAGAUUGCUGCAAUGGCGAAAGGCUCCCCUGAGGCAGCAGUUAAUGGAGGAGGAGGAGGGGAGGGGACGAAGAGCGAGGCGGCGGAGUUGGCUGCCCACCCCUACGAUUUCCAUGUGUCUGGCCCCCGCAAUCUCUCCUCCCCUAACUGGAGGGACCUCAUUCGCUCCAGCUGGAGAGAUCCAAACUACAAAAGGAUGGUGAUAGCAUGUUUUGUUCAGGCGGUCUACUUGCUGGAACUUGACAGACAAGAAGAGAGAACCGAAGAGAAUGGUCUUGCACCAAAAUGGUGGAAACCAUCUAAGUAUAAGCUGACACAGACUCUAACGGACAAGAGAGAUGGUUCCAUAUACGGUGCAGUUUUAGAAUGGGACCGAUCUGCCGCUUUAUCAGAACUUAUAUUGAUGAGACCAGCUGGUGCACCCAGGGCUGUUCUGGCACUCAGGGGGACAUUACUGAAGAGUCCAACCAUUAGAAGAGAUUUAGAGGAUGAUCUCCGCUUCCUGGCAUGGGAAAGCUUGAAAGGUUCGGUCAGGUUUCAUGGAGCUCUCGAAGCACUUAAGGUGAUGGUCGACAAAUUUGGGAGCAACAAUGUGUGUAUCGGUGGGCAUUCCUUGGGAGCUGGCUUUGCUCUACAAGUGGGAAAAGCAUUGGCCAAAGAGGGGAUUCUUGUGGAGUGCCAUUUGUUUAAUCCACCCUCGGUGUCAUUAGCAAUGAGCUUCAGAAAUAUCGGUGAAAAAGCUGGCUUUCUCUGGAAGAAAAUUAAGGACAGUUUGCCUUCAAAAGUCCAAGUUGCAGUUGAUGGCGAAGAGAAUGCUCCUGUAAAUGGAGGGAAGAUGUUCUGCAAUGAGAUAAAGAAAUGGGUGCCACAUUUAUAUGUAAAUAACAGUGACUAUAUCUGUUGUUACUACACUGACCCUUCUGGCGCUGUUGUCGCUACUGAUGUUAGCUCAGACAAGGCCAAGAUGAUCAACAGUCCAGGAGAGGUAGUGGCAAAGCUUUUUGUCAUGAACAAGGGGCCGCAGAAAUUUCUUGAAGCUCAUGGAUUGGAGCAAUGGUGGUCUGAUGACAUGGAACUCCAACAGGCUCUACACCACAGUAAGCUCAUAGACAGGCAGCUAAGAUCUUUAUACACAGCUCCUCCACCAUCUGGGAAGUCUUGAUACAAGCUCCUCUGUUCCACUCGAUCGUGAGUCUAUCGGAUGUGCUCUUCUCGAGUAUGAUUCUACUGUUUUCUUCCCUUUUAUUAUUCUUUCUGCGUCAGUUGAAAGUUGUAAUGAUAUCUACUCUAGCUUUUUACAUCUCUUUCUGCCUAACAUAAUGAACAUAAUCUAUUUUGGUCAAAUUGAUACGCUCAAGUGUACUGUGAAUGAGUUUUUCUGCUACAAUCCAACAAU